UGAUUUAAGAGCUGAAAAUGGAGCACAGCCUCUGUUUCAGGAUGGUCUCGAAGUAAAAGUGUGGUGUUAAUUUGCAGCCCCAGGGAAGGAGGGUGUUUGUGUUGCAGGAACCACAGUGCCUAUUUAUUGCCGGAGGGGACAUGUGGCAGCUUCACUUGUUCACUCUUCUUGAUGUGACUUCUCAUCACUUGUUUUGAGCAGCUUCCAGAGCAGAGGACCCUUGGCAGCAUGGGGCACUCCAGCCACUGAGACCAGGCACAUUCUGUCUUCAGAUCCUCUCUUAACAGCUGUUAGUUUGUUUUCAAUGAAUUUGGCCAAACGUUGAUGAGGUGUGAAAGUGGUGACUGCAAACGUGGGGGAGGAGAGCAGGAACGCUAGAGGAGCACGUCAUUGCUAUAUCUAAACCUGGAGCUGGUUGAUAAGCACAUGAGGGGAGCUGAGCUUCCUCCCUGACACCAGAUAGGCUGAGUGAGAAGUUGUGCAACCCCUUAAAGCUUGUGGAGGUGUAAUAAUUGUGUGGGGAACCUGCCUGGUUAAAAAAAUCCCACCAGGGUUCCUCAUGUGUCUUGGUGGGACACCAGUUUGUUCAUUUUGGUGAGGGUAGGUUUCAGUCUCUUACCCUUAACAGAAUGAAGCCAGAAGCAGUGUGACUAUACUGGAAUGUUGAAUUACUGAUAGAGUCUCUACAGCCUGCUGGAAAACUGUGUCUGAGGGUGUUGGGAUUGUGACCAGAACCUUCCCCUCUGGAUAGGAAGGAAGGAAAAUGGAGGCUGAUAAGAAAUUGUUUCUUGCAAGUGAUGGUCCCAUCUGUCGAAUCUGUCAUGAAGGUGGAAGUGGGGAGGGACUGCUUUCCCCGUGUGACUGCACAGGAACACUGGGCACCGUGCACAAGAGCUGCCUGGAAAAAUGGUUAUCCUCCUCCAACACAAGUUACUGUGAGCUCUGCCACACAGAAUUUGUUGUAGAGAGAAGACCAAGACCUUUGACAGAGUGGCUGAAGGAUCCCGGUCCCCGCAAUGAGAAGAGGACACUCUUCUGUGACAUGGUGUGUUUCCUGUUCAUUACUCCCCUGGCUGCCAUCUCGGGCUGGCUGUGUCUGCGUGGAGCCCAGGAUCAUUUGCAGUUCAACAGCCGGCUGGAGGCCAUCGGACUCAUAGCACUAACCAUAGCACUUUUCACAAUCUACGUCCUUUGGACGCUGGUCUCGUUCCGGUACCACUGUCAGCUGUACUCGGAGUGGCGAAGGACCAACCAGAAAGUCCGUUUGAUGCUCCCGUCCUCGCGGAGCCCUCACCCCGUGCCCCACUCCCUCCUCUCCGCCAAGCUCAUGAAGAAGAGCGCGGAUGAAACCACGGUGUGAGCCCGUCCUGCCUGGCUGCUGGGCCGGGGCAGCCCUGAGGGCUGGCACGGGCGAGGAGGGCCAGGUGUCCCCACGUGCACACAGGAAACGUGGCAACUGUGGAGGCCCUCGGGAGCAGUCAUCCCCCCCAAAGGACUUUGCAGCCAGUGUGUACUUUAUACCGUGGCAAACAGACAGAGAAUUGAUCACUGUCAUGUGAAAUGGCCCAAAAGAGCCAGAUGGUAGAACGUGCCUGUCUGCAGGGACACUUUCCUAUAACUCAAUACCAUACGUGGAAAAUAUCUCCCUCUCUAUAUAUAUCUCUAUAUAUAAUAUUAUUUUUUAAUGGCCAUGCA